UUUGCUCUUUAAUAGUAUUCAGUGUUUUGUUGACAUUGUUUUCAACACAAAGUAUAUCAACCAUUAAAUGAUGUCUUUAGUCAACGAUUGUCCCAAUUGUCACAAAUUGGAUGAAAUCUUGAAAGAAAAGACAAAUAAAAUGACGUUAAUUGAGGUCAGACUAAGAGAUUUAGUCAAAGCUUACAAAAGAGUUUGUGUGGAAAAAGAAAAUCUUCAGAUGUUGUCCAUCAGUUCUACCGCUGUCUUACCACUGAAUGAUUCACACGAACAACAAAAAAGAUUGUCAUCACUUGAGGACAAAAUCACCGAAAUGUCACAAAUUUGUGGCAAAUAUGAGUCGCAAAGUUUGGUCGAUAAACAACUUAUCCAAGAGUUGACCCAAAAAUGUGAAUAUUUGACAAAUGAAUUAAAAUCAAAGAUGUCUUCAGUUGAGACAAACUCUUCAAAAGAUUGCUUCCAAAUGGAGAAAACAUUCAGACAUAGAGGCAUUCAAACUGAAGAAUUAAUUGAAUCGAUUGAUGAGAAUACAAGUCAUGCAUCCAAUGAUUUGCCAAAUAAUAUGAAAGAUUGUGAAACACAAACAAGUUUUGGUCACGAAAUUGAUAUGUUUGGUACAAAUCGUAAGAAAAGUGAAUUAGCAGUGGUUUUACCAACAGUUAUGGAAACAGAACAACAAAAUAAUAGUAAUUUAGAUGAAGACCUGUUGUCUAACACAAGUAGACAUUCCUAUAAUAGUUACGUUUCCAAUGAGGAUACAUAUCCCGUGUUUGAGUCCAAUAGCAGAGAUAUACCACCAAAUAGUGAGCCCUUUUCAAUAGGAAACUCAAGUGGUGUGUCUUUAUUUUAUGCCAAUGAAUUGGCCCGAAAAGAGAUCGAUUUAGCCGAACAUAGAAUCCAGUCCCGAGAAUAUGAGUGCGCUCUGCGGGAACUUCAAUGGAAAUACAAUACCGAUAAAUACAGAUAUGAGUCUCGUAUUAAAGACUUGGAGCGAAACUUUUCGCAAAUAUCGUCAAAUCAACCGUUAAAUCAAUUAAAUAUAACUUAUAUUCGCAAUGUUUUGUUGAAACUAUUGAAUACUAAAGACAAACAACAAAAACAAUUUAUGAUUAAUGCUAUUUUGACGGCUUUGGAUCAAAAGGAUCGCAAACCUAAAUAGUUUUUUGA